CAUGAGAAAUAAACUGUUAGACUAGUUAUAUGAUUGGUAUAGUAAACUGACGUUUUGUCUGACCUUGGUUGGAUGUAGAGGAGGCUAAUUUAUCCCUUUGGGGAACGAAACCACAAUGUACUUAUGAUGGCUCCUUUUCUAUCUCGUCACAGGUGCCCUUGUUUCGGCUUUUUCUAUUCUUCGUCUGCUAUUUCUAUCGUCCUUGCAAUCUGUUUGGUAUCUACACAUUUGGUGCAGGUGACAUUGAGUGACCAAAGUGGACCGUCAGUAGACUCCCCCUCCUCCCCUCAGUCGCUGUCCUCUCUUGGAUUCCAUGUGUUGCCCAACUCCAUCCUCAAAAUAGAACAAGCACUGGCCCGCAAUGCUACUAUACUCAGCCCCAAAGAGCAGGAUACAAGAUCGGUUACUAGCGACGACAUCCACGCGUGCGGAGACGCAUGUGUGCAAACGAAAAGGUGCAAUCUAUUCGUGUUCUCAAAGAAGAGCUCCAAUUGUGUCCUGUUCGACUGCAAACAACCGUCUGUGUGUGAAUUCGAGGACAACCACCCCAUGUAUGUGUCUGCAUUCAGGGUUUAUUCACAAGACAAGCCAGGGAGCCCGAAGAAGAAAAGUUCAUCUGCUGCAUCUGUUGUUAGACAGAAUCAUCGACGGGAGUGCUUCCCACUGUUCCGUUGUGUAACCAGUGGCGAAUGUGUGCCCCUAGCUUACACAUGUGAUGGGUACUUGGACUGCGAGGACAAGUCAGAUGAACUCGGUUGCUACUCAGAUUAUGGCUCAAAUGAAAGCGAGAUGUCGAAGUAUGAGAAAGCGUAUCACAAAUACACAUCAAACAGCAAAGGCGAGGACCACGUGCCACAAAAAGAUUCAUCUCGAUCAUCAUCAAAGGGAGGAAGCAGUGACAGAAGCGAAGAAGUGGAAGAAGCGAAGAUGGCACUGCUUCCGGAUCAGAUGCCAGGGAGUGCAAAGGUGCAAACCGGAGAUGAACCCUCUGAAGUGUUGCAGCCCAUUCGUACUAGACCAAGAACGACCGACGGAAGUGAAAAGAGCCGAGAGAAUGAAAGAGAGAGUGAGCCAGACUAUGAGAAAGACACAAGCGGUAACAGUGAUUCCUCAGAUGAUGCAGUUGUUCAUAAUGAAGUUGUGCAUUCGAAUGGAAAAGCGUCCGAAGUUGAAAAUAAAAGUAACGUUGAAGAAGAUAGUAGAGUUAGUGAGCAGAGAGAAGAGAGUGCGUCAUCAUCGUCAUCAUCAUCAUCAUCUUCGUCCAGUUCUUCACAUCCAAUUUUGGACUGGCUCACUCGGUUCAUCUCUUCGGAGCGACUGGAGAUGCUGACUUUAAUGGACAUGUAUCAGGUCGCUCAGAAAGCCUGUCUCACUCCUCCGGAGAUGGAAGAAAGUGACAUCUGCUCAAGGUCACCGGAGGUGAACUACUUCUACAACGCGUCUUCUUCAUCUUCAGGGGGAAAGGGUAGAUGUAUUCCGCGACACUUCUCAAUAUGUUCGCCAGAUAUGAACAGAUUUGAAACUGAGUCAGCUUGUAUGGCUGUGUGUGGAUCGUUUUCAAGCAGUAGUUCAAAUAUGGGUGACAUAAACGAUAAGUCGUCGGAAAGAGAAGGCGAGAGGGAAAGUAGUGAUCUGAGAAGGAUGGGUGAGACGGGCAUGGAAAAGGAAUCAGUGAUUGACAAUCGAGGAUCAAGUAACCCAACAUUCGCGUCAAAUCGAGAAAGUUUCAAUGAAAGAAGGAAAAUAUGGACAAACAAUGAGAACGAUAAAUAUUCAAAUCAACAGAUGCCACCAUCCAGGUCCGAACCUGAUAUCGAUAACAAGAGUCAAAAUCGUAAGUCUCUCUGGAGCUCAGAAGACGACGAGAAUGAAGAAAGACUUUCUUCUUGGGGAGAGAGUUCCACCCGAAAUCGAGAACGAGAGAGGUUUUCCUCUGGUGAUAGUGGCCGAGGAACUGCUGGGUCAAGGGGCUUUUCCUCUGUAAUGGGUGAUCGUGGUGCUAAAUCGACAGGGAAGAAAGGAGGUGGUAACAGUAUGAGGAAAGAGGAACCAGUCUAUUGGGAGCAGAUACAUCACGGCUACGGUCCGUCUUCAUCCAAUGUACAAGGCAAGACUGGUCCAGAUCUGUAUGAGGAGAAAAGGCGACUGAGUGUGGAGGAGCCGGCAUUGGUGCCAGACUCUUUUGGAGAUACGCAGGCAGACUACUCGAGGAAGGGAGAUGAUUAUGAUGUGGAUGAUUCGGGCUAUCUUCGUGUGGAGCCCUCCCCUAAUUGGAAUAGAAAUAAGUGGGGACACGAUUAUGCGACUGAUCAUUCAAAUAAUAGAAAUGGUGCUGAAUCAUCUGGUGACGAUAUGAACAGUGAAAGUUUAGAGGGGGAGGGAGGCAGCAAAGCCUCUGGACGGAGAAUUGGAGCCGGAACUGGAAUGGAGCUGUCUGCUGGAAUACCUCUGGUUCUAGGAGUAUCUGUAUUGCUUCUCUUCUCAGUAUUACUUACUGUUAGAUGUUACUCCUGGUAUAGAUAUGGAUACAGCAGCUACCCCCAUCCAUCAUUAGCAGGGAUAGGAGACAGUAGACGAAAACUGCUUAAAAAGCUUUUCAGGGAUCAUAACGACUACCUUGUGGAUGGAAUGUAUCUGUGAAAAGACAAAUUGAUUUGAAUACUUGAAAUGAAAAAUUGGAAAGUAAGUUGCUUAAUGGGCUCAAUUGAAUAGUUUUAAACUAACAUCAAUUAGCUAAGACCGGAAUCAGUCCACGAAAACUUCGAAUGUUUUUGUUCAACUGAAAAAACUCUAGUUUGGGUUGUGCGUGUGCGUGCUAUAGUAGAUUGAGAUGUUUAAUAAUUACGCAGUAAUGAUGAAACUGAUUUAUCUGGGGCAGUUAUAGAUGUAAGUCUCUGAUAAAAUUGUUCCCGUUGCCAAAACAAUGGUGCGCAUGCUGUAGCUUACUAAAGACUACUUAAUGUAAAUUAUUUUUUUAAAAAAUUACCCGUAAUAUUGUCGCAAUUUCAAGCUAAAGAUCCAUGAUUAGAUUUCAGAAUUACAGAUAUCAAUUACUCUGGUAUCUGAAGUUUUGCGUUAUUUUGUUCGAUGUAUAUUGGUGUAAAUUAUUUCUUAAGUUAUAAAUAUGAAUGGGAAAUAUAUGAGAAAUAAAUGUUAAGCAAUA